UAAACUGGUCCCGUUCCUAUCCACCGAAUUUAACCCUUUUUAGCAGGGAACACUGGCCAGCGGCACCCAAUACAUCAGAUCAGAGCAGCUUGCCAACAUAGGGUACCCAUAAACGCAACAGCAGCAGCCAGGCAGGCGAGAGAAAAGAGAACUCCUGGAGCCAUAGGUGUGGGCGUGUGGCUAGCAUAGCUGUAGGUCAUCCUUCUUGCUUGGCAAUGAGCGAGCAAGACGGGCAGCACGUCGCGGCAAGCACGCCGGACACGGCCAUCGAGUCCUUCUCACAGCUCCCCUUCGUCCGCCCCAAGCCCCCGCAGCCGGCGUCCACGUCCAGUGCCUCGUCGAUCCGACUGUUCGGCUUCAAGGUCCCACCCGACGCCGCCGCCACGUCCUCGUCCACAGGAACCAGCGAUGCUACCGCAGCCAGCGCCACCGUAGCGGGCCAGGCGGCGGUGUCGGGUGCCGGUGCAGGCGAUGGCGGCGGCGGAGGGCGCAAGUUCGAGUGCCACUACUGCCGCCGGAACUUCCCGACGUCGCAGGCGCUGGGCGGGCACCAGAACGCGCACAAGCGGGAGCGGCAGCACGCGAAGCGCGCGCAGUGCCAGAGCGCGAUGGCCAUGCAUCACGCCCACCACUACCCUGACCACACCCACGCGUACCCCGCCUUCACCAGCUACCACCACCAGUUCGGCAUGGCGCGCUACGAGCCCCCGCCGCACUACCCCUCGUGGUCCAGCCACCUCCCGCACGCCGCUCCGCCUUUGGUGCCCAGAUACUACGGCGGGUCCGGCUCCCUGUCGCAGCCUAUCAACGGCAGCCCCGUCCCGGCUGCCGCUCUCUGGCGGGUCCCGGCGGCCGUUAGCGUGGCCGCGCCACUUGUGCGCCAAGAGCGGCCGACGCCACUGUCCUUGUGCGGACAUGACGAGGAGGCAUUGACAGGAGCGAGAAGAGGGGAUAUAUCAGCAGAUGCAGGACAGGGAGGCUCGCGUUCUUCUUCCACCUCGUCAUCUACAUCGUCGCGGCAUCAACCCCGCCGGGCAGGUGCUGCUGAAAACAGAGAGAACCGUCUUUUCAUGCGGACGGUAGCUAGGGCGGAGGCGUUGCUGUCCACCUAGCGGGAGGCAGAGCAGCUGCAUGCGAGAACUGCUUGUUCUGAGGUGAAGGAGCGCGAGCUUGCAGAGCUUCGUUCCAAGGCCGAGUGGCUCAAAGGCGAAGCAACCUGCUUGCGCUCGGAGUGCGAUGAUGCUCGGGGCGACGCCGAACAUGAAAGCUCUCUUGUGGGUUUUGGUGGUUUGGAUGAUAACUCAAUUAAAGGAUUGACAUGUGUAUUGGGUGUUGAAUAGGUGCUUAGUGUAAAGCUUGUAAAGUUCAACACAAGUAUUCAAGAGUGAUGGUCCAAAGGAUGAGUUGAUUAUGGUUGUGUUCAUAUCUUGGAGACAGCUGAUCCAGCCAAGGAUGGAAGCAAGAAGAGCUUCGAGGUAACGAGAGCAUGGGAGAAGGUCGAGGAGGCCGAGGAAACCAAAGCCAGGGGUGAAGAAGAAGACUAGCAAAGUCAAGGUUGAUCUAGUUGAGAAGAGCUAUGGUGCAUCGAGGAUCACUACUUAAGAACGUGACUUACAGCAAUGAGGUAACAUAUGUAGUUAUGUGGUGUAAGUAAUAUGGCUUAAGAUGCAGAGCAAGGUCCACAAGGAGUAGUGUCAAAGCCAGAAAAUUAUGUUGGAGCUCAUAAAUGGCAAACUAGAUCAAGUCAUGGAGACUUGGAGUUUUGGAGUCCAACAUCGACUUCAAACAGCCUAGAAGGAGCAAAAUGGUGAAGAAGAGAAAGUAUCUUUGGAGCUCUAUUUAAGGUGAAACAAAAAGCUGGGAGAAGAUUUAAAGAGAGGUAAUUUCCCGGGACUUAGUCAAUUAGUUUGUACACUAAAUGUGUUUGUCUAAGUCACAGGAAGGUCCUCUCAAAAGUUGAAGUCAAAAGGAGAAAGAAACAAGGAAAGCACAUAAGUGUGUUGCUGAUUGGGUAGCACACCGAACAAUCUGGUGCCCUCUACCUAGUCUCGGGUGUCUCUGCUAAAAAUGUCAGACAGUAUGGGCCAUGCAUCAUACAGUUUAGACCCUCCAACGACUAUCUUCAAACGGCUACUCGAAGGCAACGACUAGCUGGUGCACCAGACAGUCCGGUGCUGGUCAAUCAUUGGUGUCAGGCUGCCGGUGGUGUGCCACCGGACACCGAACAGUCUGGUGCACCCGCAGUAGUGGCAAUUUUUCCAAGAUUUGGAUCUUCUUUGAAUGGAAAGGGGCAACAACUAGGGGAUCCUUUGGGGUUAUAAAAGGGACCCCUAUGCGCCCAUAUUGAACACACGAGUGCAGCAAACAAGUCCAUAAAUCAAGUAAUCAAAUUAUUUCUCUCACUCUCUUGUGUAUGUCUCUAGUUUGUGUAGAGGCGAAGUUAUAAGCCCUUAGGGAGUGGGGAAGUGCCGCUAGAACAAGAGCAAAAUCUUGAGCAAGGUUUUACUCUGCCGGAGCACUGUCAAAAGAUUGUAAGCAGUCACGACAUCAUUGUAACCAUCAUCAACAUAGUGGAGGCUAUAUCUAUCACAUUGACAGACAUGAGCAAAUGGAGGAAGGAGUUGAAAUAGACUCCAAGCCAAGGUGUGGCUAACUCCAACGAGGACUAGGCAAGCAUUUCAAACUUGGCUGAACCUCGGAAUAAAUCUUUAUGACCAUGUGCUCUGCUCCGUGU